CUGUUGCAGCUAUAUAAACACCCGCCUCCUCCCCGUUCAAAGCUCCAUUCCAAUCCCCACUCCCUUUCCUUCUACAUACUUUUCGUUUUCUCAGUUUUGGAAACAGAGAGAAAGGAAAAGAGAUGAUGCUGGCCUCAUUCCACAACUCGCUGGCUCAUCCGCCCCAGGAGCUCAACAGCCCCAGCGGCGGCCGGCGUGCCCCCAAGAACCCGGAGGAGAUUCUUCGGGAGUUCCACACCCUCCACCCCGACGACUCCUUCUCCGCCACCUUCAGCGUCGGCGCCGCCCUCGCCUGCGUCCCCUCCCAGUCCCACUACUCCCCUAAGCAAAGGCUGUUCUGUAGCCUUGAUGACAUAUACUGUAUGUUCGUGGGGGGCCUCGACAACUUGUGCUCUCUGAUCAGGCAGUACGGGCUGAGCAAGAACGCGAACGAGGCGCUGCUGGUAAUCGAGGCCUACCGGACGCUGCGCGACCGCGGGCCCUACCCGGCCGACCAGGUCCUCAAGGACUUCGGUGGCUCUUUUGCCUUUGUGCUUUAUGAUAACGAGGCCGGCACCGUCUUCGCGGCUCUGAGCCCGGAUGGGAAGAUACCGCUGUACUGGGGGAUAGCGGCGGAUGGAUCGGUCGUGAUUUGCGAUGAUGUGGGGAUAAUAAAAGCGGGUUGCGGCAAAUCAUACGCUGCUUUCCCUACUGGGUGCAUGUUCCAUAGCGAGGGAGGUCUGAAGAGCUUCGAGUAUCCCAUGAACAAGUUGAGGCCAAUGCCAAGGGUGGACAGCGAGGGGGUGAUGUGCGGUGCCAACUUCAAGGUCGACGUCUAUUCCAGGAUUAACAGCAUGCCGCGAGUCGGCAGCUCCACCAACUGGACCUUCUGGGAUGAAUCAGUUCUAUAGCUCGCUGCUCGCUCGCUCCUGGCGACAACAGCAGGCCAUUGCAUAUAUGCCAUCUCAGUCUGCAUCUCUUUCUGCUUUGGAAUUUCAUGUCUCAUCUCAUCUUCCUCCUUGUUCAAAUGGAUUUCGAGUUCCUUGGAAGAUGUGUACCAUGGUGCUCGUGACUAAAGGUGUUUGGAAGUCUACUGUAUACUUGGUGUCCAUCUUUGUGCAUAAGAAACUGACUCAUUCCUGGUCA